CACAAAUCCUACCAAACCUGCAUGAACCACAAACACCAAACACUCUCUUUUCCACUCUCUCUAACCUCUUCAAAAAGAGAAAACAUCAAGAGGAUUUUUUCCAUUUCUAAUCUCUCUUUUGAAUCCCCCUACAAAUUAAGUUCCUAGCUAUUAGCUACUUGGUUUUCUUGUUUAAUUUUCUGGGUUGUGUAUUUUUUUUUUUUUUUGGCUUGACAAAAAAGAAUGGCUGGGACUGGAGUUUUUGCAGAUAUAUUAGAUGGGGAUGCGUUCAAGUACUACUCUGAUGGAGAAUGGAAGAAAUCAUCUUCUGGUAAAAGCGUUGCAAUUGUCAACCCCACUACAAGGAAGACUCAGUACAAGGUUCAAGCUUGUACACAAGAAGAGGUCAACAAAGUCAUGGAAAUAGCAAAAACCGCACAGAAAUCAUGGGCAAAGACUCCUCUUUGGAAGCGAGCAGAGCUACUUCACAAGGCAGCUGCUAUUCUCAAAGAACACAAGGCUCCGAUUGCAGAGGCACUUGUCAAGGAAAUUGCAAAACCAGCUAAAGAUGCAGUCACAGAGGUUGUGAGGUCAGGGGAUCUGAUAUCUUACUGUGCAGAAGAAGGGGUAAGGAUUCUCGGAGAGGGAAAAUUCCUGGUGUCUGAUAGUUUUCCAGGAAAUGAGAGGACAAAGUACUGCCUCACUUCCAAGAUUCCACUUGGGGUGGUUUUAGCAAUUCCACCAUUUAACUAUCCCGUUAACCUUGCUGUCUCAAAAAUCGCUCCUGCAUUGAUUGCUGGAAACUCCCUUGUGCUCAAGCCCCCAACUCAGGGUGCUGUUUCUUGCCUCCAUAUGGUGCAUUGCUUCCACUUAGCUGGAUUUCCCAAAGGCCUUAUUAGUUGUGUCACUGGGAAAGGAUCUGAGAUCGGUGACUUCCUUACCAUGCAUCCUGGGGUGAACUGUAUAAGCUUUACUGGUGGAGAUACCGGAAUUGCAAUUUCAAAGAAGGCAGGUAUGAUCCCUCUGCAGAUGGAGUUGGGAGGAAAAGAUGCAUGCAUCGUGCUUGAGGAUGCGGAUCUGGAUUUGGUAGCAGCAAACAUAAUAAAAGGAGGUUUCUCUUACAGUGGACAAAGGUGCACUGCAGUCAAGGUUGUCUUGGUGAUGGAAUCGGUUGCUGAUGCACUCGUUGAGAAAGUGAAGGCCAGAGUAGCAAAGUUAACCGUUGGGCCACCAGAGGAUGACUCAGAUAUCACUCCAGUUGUUUCAGAGUCAUCUGCAAAUUUCAUUGAAGGGUUGGUUAAGGAUGCAAAAGAGAAAGGAGCAACAUUUUGCCAGCCAUACAGAAGAGAAGGAAACCUUAUCUGGCCUUUGUUAUUAGAUCAUGUUAGGCCUGACAUGAGAAUUGCAUGGGAAGAGCCAUUUGGACCAGUUUUACCUGUUAUUAGGAUCAGCUCUGUUGAAGAAGGAAUCCACCAUUGCAAUGCCAGUAAUUUUGGACUCCAGGGCUGUGUCUUCACAAGGGACAUCAACAAGGCAAUCCUAAUUGGUGAUGCAAUGGAGACAGGGACGGUCCAAAUAAACUCUGCACCGGCUCGUGGACCAGACCAUUUUCCAUUUCAGGGAAUUAAGGACAGCGGCAUUGGAUCACAAGGAAUCACCAACAGCAUUAACAUGAUGACUAAGAUCAAGAGCACUGUGAUCAACUUGCCAGCUCCUACUUACACCAUGGGCUAGUGGUAUAAAAACCCCAUCGAGGAAUUAUGAAUAAUCACAACUAGUUUAGAAUCUUCAGCAGAUUAGUGAAGUUUGCGAUUUAACAGUCAGCGGACUAUAAAUAUUAUGUGUUUAAUUUUCUUUAGUAAUUCAAGAUUAGAAAAGGGGAAAAAAAAAAAAAAAAAAAGAAAAAAAAAGAAAAAGAAAAAAAGAAGAAGUGAAUAAUGGGGAUAGUUUUCAUCAAACGGCUAUAUUAUGUGCUAUUUUGAUGUGUAAGAAGCUCUAAAAGAAUGGUAUUCUGGUUUUGCACCGACUUAUGUUUGCAUGUAAGCCAGAUACAUAUGUAAACUUUCAAAGAAUGUAUCCCCCUUAUAUUGUUUAUGUGCAAUCUAUUGUUUCUA